UUGAACACGAACAGGACAUAGUUCGCCUAGUCUAGACGGGGAAUAAGCGAGGGCGGCUGGUUGCUGCCAAGUCAUGAUUUUUGGACUUUGGUCACGGUGUUCAACUUGAUGUUUUUGGCGGUAUUUUCGGACCGGCCUUUUCUCGGUCCCGCCUGCAGGCUCAGCAGAGGCUGCUCUUGACGAUAAGGCUUACUGUAGUGGAAUCAUCUCAGCGACACUCCGUCACGCCUAUUGCACAAGCAGUACCUCAAUUCACUCAAACACCCACGUUUACUCGGGUACGAGUGAACGUUCCUGAUGGAUGUCUUGACACUUCACUUUCCUCCUCGGUCACAAUGGCCGGGUUGGGAACAUCCGACACUUGCACUUGCUGCAUACGGCGAUGCGCUACAACAUGAGGCUCACGCAAGGCCUCUUUCAACGCGUCCUCACGAUAAGAACGCGCUCCCCGCCGAGCUGGUUGUCGUGUCCACUCUUGGUGGCAGCGACUAUGCAUCAGACUCACCUAUCUUCCUUGCUUCGGCCAAAGAUGACCCAUCACGAGAAUACGUGCUGAAGAUGGCACUGCGCGAUGACCUUGUCUCCGGGCUAGCAGCGGAAUACAUCGCGUACUCGAGACACCUGCAGUCAUUGCAGGGUGGCCUUGUACCAAUUUGCUAUGGUCUAUUCGUCUCCGACCAGCCUGCGCGCGCCGACGAGCCACCAUUAAUAGGUGCUCUCGUCCUGUCGUACGUCGGGACGCCACCGCCUGUAGCUUUUCCUCAACUGCCCGACCUCGUCAGACGCCAGAUUUUACUCGCACUACAAGAACUCCACGACGCAGGCGUUGUCCACCGCGACCUCGCCGAACGCAAUAUCGUCCUCGAACCUCUUCGCCCCGACGGGACUGUGUCCGGCCCGGACGACUUCAAGGUGCACAUCAUCGAUUUCGACGCGAUUGAGACGGGCCACGAAUGCCCUGGACUGGAGGGCGACCCGCCGUGCGAGCAGUUGACGGAGGUGGUGGAGAUGUUCGGCCUAGGAGGGCGAUAGGGAGGGCUACAUGCGAUGAGGGUACAUACGAAGGAUAUGUAUUGAUUGCUGCAGCCCUGAUGUCAGACUCGAGGAUGAUGCGUGUGUCGAGCGCGCGGGCGGCCGUUCCGCUUGUACUUGCUCGGGCCCCGCGGCAGGCUCUUGCCUGCCAGAAAACU